AUGGCCUCCGCCUGCUUCCCGCCGUGCGCUGCGCGCCGGAACCGGAAGAGGGUGCAGAGACACGGUCCCGCCCCGCCCCGCGCCUCGGCACUUCGGUUCCGCCGCAGCCUCGUCCCGCCGGCUGGGAGCGGCGCCGCUACACCGGCGGUGCCCCGCCCCGGGGCUGGGCCGACACCGGCGCGCCCUGCGCUCCCGUGCCCGCCUCCGGUCACGCCCUGGCCCGGAGUGCCGCGUCCCCCGCCCGCCGUGUCAUGCUCCUGCCCACCGCCGCACCCGAUCGCCGCCGCCCACACCGCAGCGACGGCGCGGGGCAAACGCCCCGGGGCCCGGCCCCCCGCAGCCUCCGCCUCCGCCCUCGGGGCCGGGAGGAGCCAGCGCCGCGCCGAGGCAUGCCGGGCCCCUGGGCCGCGCCGCCGGGCGGGCCGGUUCGGUGGCGCCGGCAGUGAGCAGGCGGCAGGCGCCGCCGCCAUGAAGAGCCCCCGGGAGGCUGGAGAGCCGCCGCCAGCUGACUGCAUCCAGCUGAAGGUGCCAGUCGUCCAGCAGCUCUACCACUGGGACUGUGGCCUGGCCUGCUCCAGGAUGGUGCUUCAGUACCUGAACCUUCUGGACAAUGAUGAGUUUCAGAAAGCCAUCCAGGAGCUGCAGCUGACCAAGAGCAUCUGGACUAUUGACCUGGCCUACCUAAUGGGGCACUUCGGCGUCAGGCACAAGUUUUGCACCCAGACGCUUGGAGUGGACAAGGGCUAUAAGAAUCAGUCAUUCUACAGGAAGCACUUUGACACAGAAGAGAACCGAGUCAAUCAGCUCUUUGCACAAGCCAAAGCCUGCAAGGUGCUGGUGGAGAAGUGCACAGUAACUGUUCAAGACAUCCAGACUCACCUAUCCCAAGGACACGUAGCCAUCGUCCUAGUGAACGCAGUCCUGCUGCUGUGUGAUCUGUGCUCCAGUCCUGUCAAGUACUGCUGCUUCCUCCCCAUCGGACAGAAGUGCUUCUGCAGGAGUCCUGACUACCAGGGCCACUUCAUCGUGCUGUGUGGCUACAACAGAGCCUCAGGGAGCAUUUACUACAACAACCCUGCCUACGCUGACCGAACUUGCUGCACCAGCAUCAGUAACUUUGAGGAAGCCAGGACAAGUUAUGGCACCGAUGAAGAUAUUCUGUUCAUCUACACAGACAGCUGACACCCACACCUGAUGCUUCUGGUCCUUUCCUGUGCAGCCUGCAGGGCAGCUGGCUGCUUGUCUCAGGACUUUCCCCUGCAGGAACUUUGCUCCUGAAUUGCAGUGGGAUCUCAAACAAGGGAGGCUUUACAGACGUUGCCAGGACUAUACUGCAAAUGCUGUCUUCACCUUUUGUUUUCUUCCCCUGAUGACUUGUCUGAUUCUGCAGUGUGUCCCAGUUGGUGGUUGGGUUUUUUUCCUCCCCUUUUCAACGUUGCACAUUUGACAGCAGUUUUAAAAUAGAGGCCCAGUGCCUGUUCACCUUGAGCUUAUUGUCAGAUUAAACACAGGAUGAGAAGAAAGCACCAAAAGAUGAACUUUGACACCUGCGUAGCUUUAGGUAAGCAGAACCAGAGAAGCGGAAUGAAAGCAACACUUGUUCCUCUCAGUGUGUCAAGGGCUCCUCUUCAUCCUGAAUCUAGGGAGCUGGGAUUUAGCAGGGUGCUAGAGAAGGAAAACAUUCUGACUGAAACCACUUUUAAAGGACAAAAAAAAGCCUGUCUGGCUCUGCAGUGCUGUCUGCAUUGUAGGACUAAAACAUUUACUCAAGGAAGCUUCCCUCCUCGCACAGAUGGAGCAUUUAUGCCACUGCACUGAACUGGCACUCGUGGUUACUGGUCUUGGUCCCUUGCACUACAAGCUCAGUCUCCUGGCUAAAUCCUCUAAGAUCGCUUCUCUGAACUCCAUAUCUCCCCCAAAAGUUUAAGUGAAGCUAUUUUAUUAGUGGCCUGAAGCUUUAUUGCUCUUUGCAAAGCCCUCUGAAUGUUAUGCCACCUGCAUGUGCCAGUUUCUGUGGGAGCCAUUCUGAAUAUCAACUUUAAACUUAGUGAGCAAUACAGAAAAUGCUUUGCCACCCCAGUGCUACACAUGCUGUGUGUAAGCUGUCAGUAGCUGGCAUUAGACACUGGAUUAGAACUACAAUCCUGAAUCAUCAUUUGAGCCAAAUACUGCAGGUUUACUAAUUUACUGAUCUUACUAAGAAGAGCUAGAACCAAGGAAGAGGGAACACAAACACCUCUCUGCUGCAGGUCACAAGGCAGGGACUCAGAUUUCCUAGCUCUUGCGCUACAGCUGACCAGGCUGGAGUUGGUGUGUUGGGCCACUACAAGUGGAAAGUCAGCAGCCCAUUCAUCCUGAGGGUUUGCUCUGCUGAGGAGCACUGUCAAGUCCCAAGACACAGCCACCUCCUUCAGGUUCAGCCAGCACAGUCCUCUGCAAGCCUUGAUCUCCAGUCCUACCUGUGUGGAAGUGGUAGGAAAAAAUCAGAGCAUAAAUACUGCUGCAAGGCUAGCAAGGGUCUAGUCUGCACCUAAAACAGAUCCCACAGCUUUGGCCUGCUUUCAGACCUGAUCAGCUUCUGGAAGUGUGUGGAGUAACAGCCAAAGGACAUUGUUACUCAGAGGUGGAAAUAAUAAAUAGGAAUAUACUUUCAGCAUGUUAAUUGCUAAGAGAAAACACAUCUUAAUAGCUGACUUAGGAGCAUCAGAAGUGUCAGUGAGUAGCAUCGAGUGCUGCUACGGACAAGGGCUGGAACAGGUCACAGGCACUUCAAAUGCAGCAGCCUUUAAAAAGUCAGUGUGACAACUGCUUCUUGCUGCUGAAGCUGGAGCAGCCAUGCUGUUAGAAUGUGUGAAAGUGAGGAUGUGAAUGGGGAGCGGUAGAAGCAGUACAUGGCUAGAACCAGAACCCCAGAGGAAGGUACAAACCCUUUUCCAGAUGCUGCCUUCCAGCACCUCCAGGUAAGUCACUGGAAGGCUCCUGUACUGACCUGGGCAUUUUCCUGUCCAAGGGCAAAUGGGUGCUUUAGAGAGGUUGCACUGGCUCUGUGCAGGCAGACAAACCAGAGGUUGGUAGAGAUAGGUAGCUCAUCACAGUGAAACUGCCACAGGGUUUACUUUAGAGCAGACUUGACUAAACAAACCCAGAUUAACUCUCUAAACCUAGUUCUUACAGAAGACUGGUGAGUGGCAUGUAGCCUCAUGGUUCAGGUAUCCAAAGGCCAGUCCUGAGCUGCUUAUACAGAAACCAUGAACUUCAGGGCAUGCCAAGUGUCCUGGAGUGCAGGUAGGUGCAGUAAUAAUAUUGACUGUUAAAUAUUUGGUACCCAGGGUUUGAGUGCUUCCACAAGAGAAGGAAAUCUGUUUAGGCUGGUACAGACCAAAGGAGAGCUUCACUACUGCAGCAGCAGUUCUUGUAGCCACCAGGUGGAAGACAGCUGUGAGAGCUGAAAGCCCAAGGAAGAGGCAGAAGCCAAGUGAAGGGACAGAGUACCUGUAGGACACAAAUCCAACUUGAAAAGCUCACUGCACAAGCAUUGAACAUCUGCACCUCCUGACCCCCAUCUGCCAUUGCAAGACUGUCCAUCAGAGUCCUCCUCCUGAAAGCCUUUCAUCACCGUUUCCUUCAUGCUGUCACUAGCAGAGGAAAGGUUAUUUUACAUGCAGAGAUUUUAUACAUAAAUAUAUUUUUAUCUGUGAUGAAGCCAUUCUCAAUAAAGGCUGAAAGCCACAGCUAACCCUGUGA